AUGGUGUAUCUAGCAUCUUCAAGUUCAAGCGCGCGCCUGCAACGAAUCAAAUCUACAAUAAAGAUGUCGAUUGUCCCUAUGAUUUUCCGCGACUGGUGGGAUGAUUGGGAGCGUCCCUCAAGGUUAUUAGACCAGCACUUCGGAAUGGGUCUGAAGAAGGACGAGCUUUUAUCUUCCCUCUCGAGCUUUCCCUCUACUUCGCUCUUCAGGAACUCCUACUUUAGGCCCUGGAGAACGAAUCUCACGAGGCAGGAGUCUGCUUCAACUAUUAAUCUAACCAAGGACAAAUUCGAGGUGAUCCUAGAUGUCCAGCAAUUCGCACCUGAAGAAAUCACGGUUAAAGCCACCAAUAACUCAGUAGUUGUUGAAGGCCAGCAUGAAGAAAAGCCAGAUGAACACGGCUUUAUUUCCCGUCAAUUCACACGUAGAUAUAUCCUACCCACUGGGUACGAGAUCACUGAUCUCGUCAGCACUUUAUCUUCUGAUGGCGUCCUCACAAUCACAGCCCCCAAACGUCCACCUCCUAACGCUGGAGAGAGAAUCAUCCCUAUCACCAAGACUGGCCCUGCGAAGAUACCUGAACCCAUCAAAACAGAUCAACCAAGAGAACAAACCGUUCCAAUCGUAACAUCCCCA